GUGCACAAAUUUCGUCCCAUACACCGAGGACCGUAUUAGUUAGCCGAAUAGCAAAAAAUGUGUGGAAGCGAAGGGGACAAGGGGCGAACUGCCAUUCUACGAAAGACGGAAGUGCGAAGGCCGAAGGGCGUAACGAGCAACGAGGAGCUGACAACUCUCCGUCCCCGGUCUUAUUCUUGAGUUGUUGCGGCGGUGCGGCCUGUGGACUCCAGUCACGACUCUCGCCCCUCAUCCAUUGCCUUGGUAGUCGGGGUAAAUCCGUUGGGGGCACAUCGAGCUCCGGUGGCGGAUGGCGGCAAGAUUCUGGAAAAUCGUUGACGGUGAUCUUGUGAAAAAAACGGCGGCCAAGGGUUCGGAUUUAAAAGUCUACAAACUCUUUUAAAAUGUUACGACUUUUUCGUGGAUUUAUGCAAAUUAAUAGAAUUCAUUCGUUAAAAAUUGAGGGCAAGUUCACAAAUUUAAAAACUGAUCCGUUCAAAAAUAAAUUAAAAGUUGAUGGACAUUUUUAAAGUUCAUUCAUCAAAAGAAUACACCACAAUUCAUAUACUCUCUCCGUCCCUUAAAACUUUGUCAUCUUUCCUUUUUGGGACGUCCAAAUUUUUUUUGACACUUUCCCUUUUAAUCAAUUAUUUUGUGUUUUCUGGUAUUUUUCUCUCCUCUGCACAAACCUCUGUCACACAGUUUUUACAUUAUUAUUCUCCGUAUCGGUCAACUUUUGCAAAAUUUUAAGGGAGGGAGGUAGUAGAAUAGAUCCCUUUUAAUAAAAAAGAUUGAUAAGACUAGAAUAAUGGUUCUAAACAUGAACUUCCAUCCCGAAUCACAGUACUCCGCAUCUUUUUACUUCUGGGCCUCAGCCACUGCUCAAGAGUGAAAGCACAAAAAAGACACUGAAUCUUAUCACGACCGAGCGCAUGACCUUUGGUAAAGUGUGUCGAGCAUUCAAUUCUUGAGACCUCUCGCGCUUCAGGUGAACGUGUCUGACAAGUAUGGGUAUGGCGAAGCUAAAGAUAGCAGGGGCAUGGAGUGGUGUACUGGAGAUAGAACCGGAGGAGUGGACGAUUGCUAUGCUGAGGGAAGAGGUUGUCCGGAGAUCGGGCUGCGUUCCGCCGGAGUGCAUAAACCUCAUCUCUGCUGGAGUGUUGCUGAAAGACGGUGGUGACACGGAGAAACUCAGCCAAUUGGGCAUAAAAAAUAAUGCCAAGAUUUUGGCCUCUAAGGUUUCUCCAGAUAAAGGCAAGUUGAUCCAGGAGGAAUCUUUGGCGGAAGAGGAACGCUCGUCUAGACUUUCUAGGCUCAAAGCUGCUGCUACUUCAUUGUCCCAGAGACAUGCAGAGGGCACAUUACCUGUUGAAGACUUCAACUUAGAACUUGAAAACCAGAGCGGAGAAAAAGUGCAGCUUGGAUCUGAUACUGAUCAGAGGGCUAUUAUGAUGGGUCUCAUGCUACAUGCUAAUGGAAAAGCACUGAUCAGAAAGCAACAGUUUAAAGAAGCACUUGAGGUUCUCACAAUGGGAGAGGAAGCCUUCGCUCUUUGCAAUCCCAAGGUUAUUGAGAUGGUUGAUAAUGUAGCCAUUCUACAAAUAGACUUGGUGUGGUGUUACUACAUGCUGCAAGACAUCAAGUGGCUAUUGGAUGCAGGGCCCCGCCUUGCAAAAGCUCGGGAAGGUCUCGAGCGUGCUCAUGGUAAGGAAGCUAGUCGUGUCAGACUUCUUCAAGGUGGACGUUAUCCGGAGAUUGCGCUACAUGUACGGAUGGAGCUGUUGGAAGGAGUUGUUGCAUAUCACUGUGGCCAGUUAGAAAAAUCUAGACGGUCUUUGAGUUCAGCCCAAGCCAAAUAUAUCCAGCUACAAAUUCCAGACGAAGCUUUGUCAUUAAUUAUGGGCAUGGGCUACAAAGAAAGAGAUGCAAAGAAAGCACUGCGGAUGAACAAUCAAGAUGUUCAAAGUGCUGUUAAUUUUCUUAUUGAGGAGAGAGAGAAAGCAGCAAGGAAACGAGAAGAGAAUCUUAGCAGACAAAGAGAACUCUUGGAGCAAAGGCGUUACGGAAUGACUGCUCUAAAAAAAGCAGUGAAUCUCCAAUAUCUGAAUGAAUUGGUUUCAAUCGGGUUUGAGAAAGAGAUUGCUGCAGAGGCACUUCGCAGAAAUGAAAAUGACACACAGAAGGCCCUAGAUGACCUGACUAAUCCAGAAACUAAUUCUGCUAUCCAGCAUCACAUUGAGCUAAACAAAAAGAAAAGAUUGCGCCAAGUAGAGAAUGCUACUAUUGAACAGCUUGCUGCCAUGGGCUUCCCAAGAGAAACAGUGACCACAGCUGUCCGCAAAUUUGGGACAAGAGAAGCAGCAUUAAAUCAUCUACUAGGGCCAUCAUCGACGAACAGUGCUGCAACAGUUGGCAAUGAAUUUGCUUCAUUUCUGUCUGGUCAAGGUGAGAAUUUGAGCAGCGACGGUGGGGCUAAUCCUGUGGAUGCUGGUGCACAUGCAUCAGGUAGCAAUGCAGUUGUAGGUGAGAAUGCUUUUGGAGGUCCAAGUGAUAUCGAAGGAGCAUAUGAGAAACGUGACGUGGAAAUGGAGAAUGAGCUAACUGGUGAACUGUUAAAUGGAGAUGCCUACUCUGACUACGACCUUGAGCUUACGAAAGAAGGCGAAGCAAUCACCCUUUAUCUGACUUCGCUAGGAUCUUCAACCUGAAUGUGUCCACCUGUCCAUAUAUUUCAUAAUUUUACUCAUCAGUCAUGCAAAGUGUCACUGUAGGCCCGGGCGGAGUGAAGGGGUCAAGAUGGUGAGCUGACCCCUCUCAAAGUCUGAACAUGUACAUCAUUUAAAUACCUUUGGAUUUGAUAUAUUGUGACUUCCGCAACUCACUAUGAGUCAAAAGUUAUGACUCCCGCAAGAUCAAUGUCAUGUGUGAAUUUGAAAUGGAUUAAAUUUGUUGCGUACUAGUGUACUACUAGUCUACUAGUCACAUCCCCAAUUUUCCAAAACAACACCUUAUUCGCUAUGUCAAGUUUAAAUGGAGUAUUAUACAAGUACUUGCUUCUUU